UCGAAGCGAAUGAUCAGCGACGUCCGUCGAAUUAUCGUUAAUGUUCGUGGUUGAGUGGGGAGGGGGGGGGGGGCAAGGAGGCGCCACGAAGCCGGGCUCAGGACGCUCGAGCCUGCGAGUGAUAAAUCGCCGCGGGCCAGUCUCGCGCAGCUGUUCGUCCGACGCCAGUCCUGAUUUGCACGUGGUCGAUCUACCCGUUGACGGUCGCAAAUCCUUACGGGCGCGCGCGCGCGCUUGCAGCCGAUGCCACGCGGCAAGCAGGCGCCGCGACCGACGGCUCCGAUUAGCGAUCGGUUCUGAGAGGAGAGCAAGCGUCGCGCGAGAAGCGAGACCGACGCAGCGGGAUGCCGCUGCUUGUUUCGCUGACUCUGGCGCUGCUGUUAGCCGGCGCGGUCGACGCGGACGAGUCGCCGGUAUUGCCGACCACGACACCAGCGUCCACGACCGGCGGCAACAACCAGACGAUGUCGGCGAUGCCGAUGCCCGAAGCCAAACGAGCUCCCGAGCCGCCGAUGUGGGCGCCGAGCCCGCCGGAUCUCACGCCCAUGAUGAUGCAUCAGCAGGCGCCGAUGGCUGCGCAGCCAGUAACGGCGGCGGCGGCCCCGAUCCACCACCCGAUUGUACCACAGGCAAUCUAUCCUGCGGCUGCCGCCGUCGCUCAUUCGCCGCCCCAGCAACCCGUGCCGCAGUCACAGUCGCAGCAGCAGCAGCAGCCCUUCGUGCCCGCCAACUAUUAUCUCCCCGCUGACGAGUACCCGGCUCAUCAGUACGGGGCGGCCAACGAGUACCGCAGCGAACACUACAGCAGCUAUCCGCCCUUCGAGCCACAGCAGCCCAGCUACCCGAUUCAGGCGCAGCAGCAGCAGUCGCUGCAACAACUCGACACCUCGCUCAUCCCCACGGCCAAGCAUUUCGUGCUCGUCAGCUUCAUUGGACUUCUGCUGCUCUUCGCCAUCAUUCAGAACUCCAUCGCCGCUGCCAAGCGAAAGGACGCUCUCGUCGAGGUCCUGUCCAACAGGAAGAAGCGCGACAUCGUCGCCUUAACGAGCUUGCACAGGAUGACUCCGGAGAUGGAAUUGGCGCUGAAAGAGGACGUUCGGGUGCGCUGCAUACAAAGGACCCUCUGCUACGAGAAUCGCAAGCUUCAGGAAGAUCUCGGCAUCGUCGGCAAACUGCUCGCCAAGUAUUUAACGCGUAACGUGCAAAGUUCUCUGAAAGAUUUGUCGCCAGGAUGGGGACGUCUUGUCGAGGAUGCAGCCAGCGCCGGAUUGAGAGGCGAGGAUUGCGACGUCCUCUAUAGAGAUUGCAGCUCCGCAUUUUCCGAUGAAACCGAGGAAAGCGACGUCCUCGAAGAAGACGAGGACUAGAUUGCUCGCGAUAUGCAUUUAAAUUGCGAUUGAUUUCAUGCUAUUUUUAAUAAACGUUGAAUAAUAA